CCUCCACCUCCUGAGGCCAGCAAACGGCCUCGGCUACAAUCCCAAAGUGAGUGAGCUCGGAAAACAGUACUAAACUUCAUGUUUUUGAGGUUAAUUUGGUUAGAUUAAUAGAUAAUUAGAUUCAUGUCACUGACUCAACAAGUCACCUCUACCUUUUCCCAUUAUCCAAUGUUACAAGUAAAAUUCAGGAUACAUUAUUAAUUAUUUAAUAUUCAUGUAUUAUUUAUUUGUGUUUCUGUGAAUAGCUGUUACAGUUCUACAAAUAAAGCAUUCUAUCUUUUUACCUAUCAUUUAAAAUGCUAAAAAAAUGCACCUGAAUGCAGGAAAUGAAGCGUUUAAUGGCCAACAUUUCCUGGGGGAGGUCCCCCAGACCCCCCAUUUAUAUUAUUAUUGCUUAUUAUUAUGUGGUGGGGGGUGGGGACUGGGCUAAGCCCCCAAUGUAUCAAGAUCCUAGCAACGCCCCUGCUGAAGAUCAUCAUCUGGCUGGCUUUCACCCACAGGCUAGUUAUUACCAUAGGCUACGUUAGCACUUGGACCAGCAUGCUUAUCAUCGCAUUUGAAGAUAAACAACGGCUACACAUUUCGAGAUAAGUGUGCCCAAACACUUUUUUAUCCCACUGCACUGAAGUUUUCAGUGUUUCACUUGUUUUCUCUAAUGAUAACCAAUAAGCAUUAACAUAAAAUGUAUGUGUGACUUGUUUUGUGAUAUUAGUUUUUCAGUAAAUAUACACUUUGAUUUGAUUAAAUGUUUUGUAGAGGGUAGCAAAAAUGAGCAACAGACUGAGGAGCCAGCAGCAGCUGUGCCCGAAUCAGGCAUGGAAACUGGUAACAAUUAAUCAGUCACUUUACUUUAGAGAAAGUUAAAAGUGAAACAAUGCUCCUAAUGAUCCUAAUUAAAGGAUUUUGACAGAUGAACAUUGAGAAUUAUAUGCCAUGGUGUGUCAAUGAACUUAGACUAAAGUCAUUCAUGUAUUGCUUUAACUUAUAAUCUUAUACAUAAUUUUGACUAUUUAUGUCAAAAAAUAUAAAUUAUUUAUAUUAAAUAUUUUUUUACAUCACUUUACUCUCUAUAACAUAUUGUGAUGUGGUAAUGUACAUAAAAAUUCAAGAAUCAUGAUAGAUCUUAGGGCAAUCCAACUGAUAUGCUCUUCCCAAUACAUUUUCUUCAAUGGUAUUGGUUUACAAUGUGCUGUAUCUGUUCUUUUGCAUCACAGAUGAUUCAGGGAGGAGAGAGGAUGAGUUAGUCGAGGAUAGUACUAGAGAGAGUGAGAGAAACAACAGCAAGUGAUGAGAGAGACUAAAUUAAUUGAUGAGAGAGACAACAGCAAGUGAUGAGAGAGUGAAAUAUAACAAGUAUUGAGAAGGACACCAGAUAGACAGCAAGAGCUUUCUGGUGGAAGGAGCGAGAAAAAGACAGCAACGCUUGAUGAGAAGGGAGAGCGACAGGAGCAGAAAUCUCAACAUUAGUGGAAGAAUGGAGAGCUCAGAAGAACAGUACUACAACUACACUGAGUAUGAAAACAACAGCUUCAACUUCAGCUAUGAUGACUAUCAGAUCAUCUGUGAAAAGGGUGACAUACGCUCCUUUGCGAGGAUCUUCCUCCCAGCUGUUUUCAGUUUGUCUUUGGUGAUAGGCUUGGCUGGGAAUGGCCUGGUUGUGGCAGUGUAUGCAUAUUGCAAGCAACUGAAAACAAUGACUGACACAUUUAUACUUCACCUGGCUUUGGCAGAUCUAUUGUUGCUCCUGACACUGCCCUUCUGGGCCACUGAUGCUGUCCAUGGAUGGGAACUUGGAGUUGCUCUCUGUAAACUUGUAUCUUCUCUGUACACCAUUAAUUUCACCUGCAGCAUGCUGCUCCUGGCCCAUAUUAGCAUGGAUCAAUAUCUGGCAUUGACGCCGGGAACCAGAAACAGAGGUUUUGCUCGUGUCUUCCGAAAGAACCAUUCUGGAAAAAUGUGUCUGGUCGUCUGGAUCAUAGCUUGUUUUCUAGGUGUCCCAGAUUUGGUGUUUUCAACGGUCAGGGAGCUACCUUACAAAAAAAGCUGUUUGGCAAUGUAUUCUUCGGACAUGGCGCUCAGAGCUAAAGCCAGUUUGGAAGUGGUGGAAGUCAUAAUUGGCUUCUUACUGCCUUUGUUGGUGAUGCUAUACUGUUACACCUGUGUAGGGUUAGCUCUAGUGAAGCUCCCUCUAGAGAGAAAGUGGAGGAAGUGGAGGUCGAUCCGUGUUCUGUUGGCUAUGGUUGGAGUUUUUGUGGUCACACAGCUACCCUACAACGUUGUCAAGUUCUGCCGGACCAUGGACAUUGUGUACACAUUUGUGACUCACUGUGAAACAAGUAAAGAGCUGGACAGGGCUACUCAGAUCACAGAGAGCCUUGCACUGACACACUGUUGUCUAAACCCUAUUCUUUACGCAUUCAUUGGUUCCUCUUUUAGGCAGCAUGUAAUGAAGUGUGCUAAAGGGUUUGGGGAUAGAGGGAGGAGGUUAGCACACAUAAGACAGCAGCAGGAAGUGGUCAUCUCUUUAAAUUCCCAUUCACAAUCCCAAGAAACCAGCACCUUUUCAAUUUGAGCAUACUGAAGAG